AUGGAAGAGAUCCUGAGGAAGCUGCAGAGAGACGCGUCCGGGAGCAAAUACAAAGCCAUCAAAGAGAGCUGCACCUGGGCCCUGGAAACCCUAGGUGGCCUGGACACUGUUCUGAAGAUCCCUCCCCACUUGUUGAGGGAGAAAUGUCUGCUGCCUCUCCAGUUGGCUUUGGAAUCAAAGAAUGUGAAGCUGGCCCAACAUGCUUUGGCAGGAAUGCAGAAGCUCCUGUCAGAAGAGAGAUUUGUAUCCAUGGAGACAGACUCUGAUGAGAAGCAGCUGCUCAAUCAGAUCCUGAAUGCCGUGAAAGUGACACCUUCACUCAAUGAGGACCUGCAGGUGGAAGUAAUGAAGGUUUUGCUGUGCAUCACCUACACACCGACCUUUGAUAUGAAUGGGAGUGCUGUACUGAAGAUUGCAGAGGUGUGCAUUGAGACAUACACGUGCAGCUGUCACCAGCGCAGUAUCAACACUGCUGUGCGUGCAACUCUCAGUCAGAUGUUGGGUGACCUGACUCUACAGUUGCGGCAGAGACAGGAGAACACGAUAAUUGAAAACCCAGAUGCCCCACAGGAAUUCAGGAGUCAAGGCUUAACGGUAGAGGCCCUAUGUGAUGACGUUGUCUCUGUCCUCGCAGUUCUGUGUGAGAAGCUACAAGCCUCCAUAAAUGACAGCCAGCAGCUACAGCUUCUGUACCUGGAAUGCAUUCUGUCCAUGCUCAGCAGCUCCUCUUCCUCCAUGUACCUGCACAGGGGCUUCACUGACCUCAUCUGGAAAAGCCUCUGCCCUGCUCUCGUUGUGAUCCUGGGGAACCCAAUUCAUGACAAAACAAUCACCUCUGCUCACAGCACCAGCACCAGUACCAACAUAGAGUCGGACUCAGCCUCUCUUGGUGUGUCUGACCAUGGCCGAGGCUCAGGCUGCUCCUGCACUGCACCUACCCUCAGUGGACCUGUGGCUCGCACCAUCUAUUACCUUGCAGCCGAGCUUGUCCGCUUAGUGGGGUCAGUGGACUCCAUGAAGCCUGUGCUCCAAUCCCUCUAUCACCGAGUGCUCCUGUAUCCCCCACCCCAGCACCGAGUGGAAGCUAUCAAGAUCAUGAAAGAGAUACUUGGGAGCCCACAGCGUCUAUAUGACUUGGCAGGACCAAGCUCUAUUGAGUUAGAACCAAGGAAAAGAUCGAUUUCCAAAAGAAAGUCUCACUUGGAUCUUCUCAAACUCAUCAUGGAUGGUAUGACAGAAGCAUGCAUCAAAGGUGGCAUUGAAGCCUGCUACGCUGCUGUGUCCUGUGUCUGUACCUUGCUUGGGGCUCUGGAUGAACUCAGCCAGGGGAAGGGCUUGAACGACAACCAAGUACAGCAGCUGCUUCUGCGCCUUGAAGAGCUGAGGGAUGGGGGAAACGAGUCAAGCCGGGACUCCAUGGAAAUUAAUGAGGCUGACUUCCGCUGGCAGCGGAGAGUGCUAUCUUCCGAGCACACACCAUGGGAGUCAGGCAAUGAGAGGAGCCCUGACAUCAGCAUCAGUGUCACCACAGACACAGGCCAGACUACCUUAGAAGGAGAAUUAGGUCAGACGACCCCAGAGGACCACAAGAAUGGACUCAAGUCACCAGCCAUCCAGGAAGGCAAGGAGACCAUGAGCAAAGUGUCAGAACCUGAGACCAUAGACCAGCCCGACGUGAUUCAGAGAAGCCACACAGUCCCUUACCCUGACAUCACUAACUUCCUGUCUGUGGACUGCAGGACAAGGUCUUAUGGAUCUAGGUAUAGUGAGAGUAAUUUCAGUGUAGAUGACCAAGACCUGUCGAGGACUGAAUUUGAUUCCUGUGACCAGUAUUCCAUGGCAGCAGAAAAGGACUCAGGUAGGUCUGAUGUGUCAGACAUUGGGUCCGACAACUGUUCACUGGCUGAUGAAGAACAGACCCCUCGGGAUUACAUGGGCCAUCGGUCCCUGCGAACCGCUGCUCUGUCUCUCAAACUGCUGAAGAACCAGGAGGCAGACCAGCACAGCGCACGACUCUUUGUACAGUCCCUUGAGGGCCUCCUUCCCCGGCUCCUGGCCCUAUCCAGUGUGGAAGAGGUCGACUCUGCCCUUCAGAACUUUGCCUCUACUUUCUGCUCAGGCAUGAUUCACUCUCCUGGCUUUGAUGGAGGCAGUAGCCUGAGCUACCAGAUGCUGAUGAAUGCAGAUAGCUUGUACACAGCAGCACACUGUGCCCUACUGCUCAACCUGAAGCUCUCCCAUGGUGACUACUACCGGAAGCGACCAGCUGUGGCACCAGGCAUGAUGAAAGAGUUCACAAAGCAGGUGCAGACCAGCGGCGUGCUGAUGGUCUUCUCCCAGACCUGGAUUGAGGAACUAUACCAUCAGGUGCUGGACAGAAACAUGCUGGGAGAAGCUGGCUACUGGGGCAGCCCUGAGGACAACAGCCUUCCCCUCAUCACCAUGCUCACCGAUAUUGAUGGCUUAGAGAGCAGUGCAAUUGGUGGCCAGCUGAUGGCAUCAGCUUCAGUGGAGUUGCCUUUCACCCAGAGCAGGAGACUUGAUGACUCCAUGGUAGCAGGUGUUGCAUUUGCCCGUUAUAUUUUGGUUGGCUGCUGGAAGAACUUGAUUGAUACUCUGUCAACCCCCUUGACUGGUCGAAUGGCAGGAAGCUCCAAGGGGCUGGCCUUCAUCCUUGGAGCUGAGGGCAUCAAAGAGCAGAACCAGAAAGAGCGAGAUGCCAUCUGCAUGAGCCUUGAUGGGCUGCGGAAGGCUGCUCGGCUGAGCUGUGCGCUGGGGGUUGCUGCUAACUGUGCCUCAGCUCUUGCCCAAAUGGCAGCUGCUUCCUGUGUCCAGGAAGAGAAAGAAGAAAGGGAAGCCCAGGAGCCCAGUGAUGCCCUAGGACAAGUGAAACUAAAAGUGGAGCAGAAACUGGAGCAGAUGGGGAAGGUGCAGGGGGUGUGGCUGCACACAGCCCACGUCUUGUGCAUGGAUGCCAUCCUCAGCGUAGGCCUGGAGAUGGGAAGCCACAACCCGGACUGCUGGCCACACGUGUUCAGGGUAUGUGAGUAUGUGGGCACCCUGGAGCACACCCACUUCAGCGAUGGUAUCUCCCAGCCCCCUCUGACCAUCCAUCAUCCACAGAAGACAUCUGGGAGCUCUGGCCUCCUUGGAGAACUUGAGUUUAAGAGCGCAUCCCAGGAGCAGAACCUGGACCAGGGGCCUUCCCUGAACGCAGGCCCUGUGGUCCAGCCACAUUCCAUCCAAGAGCUUGUUCGGGAAUGUAGCCGUGGCCGGACCUCAGACUUCCGGGGAGGUAGUCUGAGUGGGAACAGUGCUGCCAAGGUGGUGCUCAGCCUUUCUACCCAGGCUGACAGGCUCUUUGAUGAUGCUACCAAUAAGUUGAACUUAACAGCCUUGGGAGGGUUCCUCUACCAACUCAAGAAAGCAUCCCAGUCCCAGCUCUUCCAUUCCGUGACAGACACAGUUGAUUACUCUCUGACAAUGCCAGGUGAAUUCAAGUCUACCCAUGAUCAAAAGAGUGCUCUGCACCUGUUCCGCCUGGGGGAUGCCAUGCUGAGAAUUGUGAGAAGCAAGGCCAGGCCCCUGCUCCAUGUGAUGCGCUGCUGGAGUCUCGUGGCCCCACACCUGGUGGAGGCUGCCUGUCACAAGGAACGUCAUGUGUCUCAGAAGGCUGUUUCCUUCAUCCAUGAUAUCCUGACUGAGGUUCUCACUGACUGGAGUGAGCCACCUCACUUUCACUUUAAUGAAGCACUGUUCCGGCCCUUUGAGCGCAUCAUGCAGCUGGAGCUCUGUGAUGAAGAUGUUCAAGACCAGGUGGUCACCUCCAUUGGGGAGCUGGUUGAGGUGUGCUCUGCACAGAUCCAGUCAGGAUGGAGACCCCUGUUCAGUGCUCUGGAAACAGUGCACAGUGGGAACAAGUCAGAGGUGAAGGAGUACCUGGUUGGGGACUACUCUAUGGGAAAAGGUCAGGCUCCUGUGUUCGACGUGUUUGAAGCUUUUCUCAAUACGGACAAUAUCCAGGUCUUUGCUAAUGCAGCUACUAGUUACAUCAUGUGCCUUAUGAAGUUUGUCAAGGGGCUGGGUGAGGUAGACUGUAAAGAGAUUGGAGACUGUGUCCCUGGAGCUGGAGCCACAUCUACAGACCUGUGCCUGCCUGCCUUGGAUUACCUCAGACGUUGUUCUCAGCUAUUGGCCAAGAUCUACAAAAUGCCUUUAAAGCCAAUCUUCCUUAGUGGGCGACUUGCCAGUUUGCCACGAAGACUUCAGGAGCAGUCAGCAAGCAGUGAGGAUGGAAUUGAAUCAGUCCUGUCAGAUUUUGAUGAUGACACCGGUCUGAUAGACGUCUGGAUCAUCCUGUUGGAGCAGCUAACGGCAGCUGUGUCCAACUGUCCCAGACAACAUCAACCACCCACCUUAGAUUUACUCUUUGAACUGUUGAGAGAUGUUACCAAGACACCUGGCCCGGGGUUUGGAAUCUAUGCAGUCGUUCAUCUUCUCCUUCCUGUGAUGUCUCUUUGGCUCCGUCGUAGCCACAAGGACCAUUCCUACUGGGAUGUGGCAUCUGCUAACUUCAAGCACGCCAUUGGUCUGUCCUGCGAGCUGGUGGUGGAGCACAUUCAAAGUUUUCUACACUCAGACAUCAGGUAUGAGAGUAUGAUCAAUACUAUGCUGAAGGACCUCUUUGAGCUGCUGGUAGUCUGUGUGGCCAAGCCCACAGAAACCAUCUCCAGAGUGGGCUGUUCCUGCAUUAGGUACGUCCUCGUGACAGCAGGCCCCGUGUUCACGGAGGAGAUGUGGAGACUUGCAUGCUGUGCUCUUCAGGAUGCUUUCUCUGCCACACUCAAGCCAGUGAAGGACCUGUUAGGCUGCUUCCACAGUGGCACAGAGGGCUUCAGUGGGGAAGGCUGCCAAGUGCGUGUAGCAGCUCCAUCUUCCUCCCCCAGUGCUGAGGCAGAAUACUGGCGCAUCCGGGCCAUGGCCCAGCAGGUGUUUAUGUUGGACACCCAGUGCUCACCAAAGACUCCAAACAACUUCGAUCAUGCUCAGUCCUGUCAGCUCAUCAUAGAACUACCUCACGAUGAGAAACCAAAUGGACAUACCAAGAAAAGCGUUUCUUUCAGGGAGAUUGUGGUUAGCUUGCUCUCUCACCAAGUUCUACUCCAGAACCUGUAUGACAUCCUGCUGGAAGAGUUUGUCAAAGGCCCCUCUCCGGGAGAGGAAAAGACAGUCCAAGUGCCAGACACCAAGCUGGCCGGCUUCCUCAGAUACAUUUCCAUGCAGAACCUGGCUGUGAUAUUUGACCUGCUGCUGGACUCCUACAGAACUGCCCGGGAAUUCGACACGAGCCCGGGGCUCAAAUGCCUGCUGAAGAAAGUGUCUGGCAUUGGAGGAGCAGCCAACCUCUACCGCCAAUCUGCCAUGAGCUUUAACAUUUACUUUCAUGCCCUGGUUUGCGCGGUUCUCACCAACCAAGAAACUAUCACAGCAGAGCAAGUGAAGAAAGUGCUAUUCGACGAGGAAGAGAGAAGCUCAGAUUCCUCCCACCAGUGCUCAUCAGAGGAUGAAGACAUCUUUGAAGAGACAGCGCAGGUGAGCCCCCCACGAGGCAAGGAGAAAAGGCAAUGGAGGGCACGCCUGCCUUCACUCAGUGUGCAGCCAGUGAGCAAUGCUGACUGGGUGUGGCUGGUCAAGAGGCUGCACAAGCUGUGCAUGGAGCUCUGUAACCACUACAUCCAGAUGCACCUGGACCUGGAGAGCAGCUUGGAGGAGCCACUUACCUUCAAGAGCGACCCAUUCUUCAUCCUCCCCUCCUUCCAGUCCGAAUCGUCCACCCCAUCGACGGGUGGCUUCUCCGGGAAAAACACACCCUCCGAAGAUGACCGCAGGGAGCAUCUAAGUGAGCCUCUGAGUCUAAGGGUGGGCAGUGGGGACAUACUGAUGCUGCCUCCCAGCCCCAAGAUAGAGAAGAAGGAUCCCGGCCGCAAGAAAGAGUGGUGGGAGAGUGCAGGGAACAAGAUUUGCACAAUGGCCGCUGACAAGACCAUCUCAAAGCUGAUGACUGAGUACAAGAAGAGGAGGCAGCCACACAACCUGCCCCCCUUCCCCAAGGAAGUCAAGGUGGAUAAGAAAGGGGAGCCCCUGGGGCCCCGGGGUCCUGACUCCCCGCUGCUUCAGCGGCCACAGCAUCUCAUAGACCAAGGGCAGAUGCGCCAUUCCUUCAGCGCAGGCCCAGAGCUGCUGCGGCAGGAAAAGAGACCCCGUUCAGGCUCCACUGGAAGCUCCCUGAGUGUCUCUGUGAGAGAUGCAGAGGCACAGAUCCAGGCAUGGACCAACAUGGUGCUAACUGUUCUCAAUCAGAUUCAGAUCCUUCCGGACCAGACCUUCACUGCUCUCCAGCCAGCUGUGUUCCCAUGCAUCAGCCAGCUGACCUGUCAUGUGACUGACAUCAGAGUCCGUCAAGCUGUGAGGGAAUGGCUGGGAAGAGUGGGCCGUGUCUAUGACAUCAUCAUUUAGAGGACUCAAAUCCUAAGGAAAUGCCUACAGUCAAAGUCUGCCUAUCCAUCCAUCCGGCCGAUUGCAUUUUCCCAACCACCAUCCCACUCAAGCCAGGUCUCUGAGAAACUAGUUCUCUGAAACCUAGUAACAAGGCUUUUACUAAGCUCUCCUUAAUUAGUCAACCUUGGGUUAGUCUGAAUGCAAACAUAGUAUACAAGUGACAUAGUGAUCUCUGGCCUUGAACAUUAUUAUAAAAGAGUCUACAUUACUUCAUUCAUUUCUAAAUCUAAUUUCCAAGUGCAUUUGCUUGCAGUAUUGUACCCAAAUGGGUCAUUUUCAACACUUUCCUUUGGAAGCCCUAGGCUGAUCCAUUUUGAGCCAUCAUUUUCGAAACUAAGUCCUAAGAAAACAUUUACUGAUAAGUCAAGCUGAAAUAAAGUCAUAUAUCUGGCACCAGACAUAAUUAAUCAGAAAAACUUAUUCUGAUUCUAGUUUGGUUGGGAAGAAAACUGCAAAAAUUUUUGUUUGCAGUGUUCUAAUCAAGAAAGAAACUACUUCUAAAAUAAAUCAAGGACCAUUUCAACAUUAUUCUUAAGGAUUUUAGAUUUUUGUGCUAAUAUUCACAAAUGCCCCAGGUAAGGUACAGCUGUGCCUUCAUGUCUUUGCUUUUAAAGAAAGGAAAUUCUUUCCAAGUAUGAUUUCAAGUCUGUGACAUUAACAUGAAGCACCCAGUGGUGUACAUUGUCACAAGAUAUUGUCACAAGACUUGAUACUGACUACCCUGUGUAUUCCAUGAGUCUUUGCUUCUGUUCCCAAGGCAGGCAAAGAAAAGAAAGAAAAUUGGUGCCUUAGUCUCUGUUGCACAGAUAUUUCUAUCCCCUACAAUUAUCUGAACAAUAAUGUAUGACACUCAGUUUUAAGAAAGAUUAAGAUUCAUUUUAUAUCAGUAUCCUUUGGAGGAAAGGAACUCAGAGUCCUC